AGUCGCUAGGCUGGCGAUGCUUAAAGGUGUAGUGCGGUAUGAUCCGGCACUAGUGCAGACAUGCUAGCCCGGGGUAAAGCCGCUCUUGGCAGCAAGUUGUUGCCAAGAGCAGCCCCACCCCGGGCGCUACUUUGUAUUACGAACAAGGGAACCGGAAGGAGUGACUUCGUUACAGUACUGUUGCCAGGACACUCCUUGCCGGACCAGCACUCCGAUUGCCCAGUGGAGCAGGGAUCCUGUAGACUGUCCAUCAGCUACGCUCCGCGCCAGAGCAUGCCUGAAACCAAGCUGUGGACGGACGUCUUGACCCUUGAUAGACUCGCAGACUGGCGGCUGGUGUGCGACAAAGCAGCACUGGCACUAAUUACUGAUCGUCGUAUACGGGAUCAAAAAUAAGUUUUCCUGCCUCCCAACCUGGCAUUCCGAUUCAAGAUAUGCCAUUUUCGACCAGAGAAUCUUUAAUCUUAACAUACCUUCAUCGCAUAGGUAUCCCAGCGUGAGUAGGGAUCGGAACCUAACAUCCAUGCUGGACUCGUUGGAUUGCUUCGAUGUAUGGGUGCAUGGAUUGCCGCCAAGAGCUUCGAGGAUUUUGACAAGCUGAAAAUUAUCAU